AUGAUGGCUAUCACCCUCUACCUCGAGGAUGUGUUAUGUGUAUUGUUGUUGACGAUGAUGACCAUGACCUUGCCAGACACUACUGCCCCAGUCGACAGCCAACCAUCAUCCAGCACAACGACAACAACUGGAACAGUUCCAGUCGAGCCUCAAGAGGGCAAGAUCGAGGGCGACGAGCUCAAUCAGUUGCUGGCAAAGAUCCCAGACACUUACAAACUGUCAAAGGUCGACACUGACAUUAGAGGAUUCUCUGAUGACUUGAGGCCAGUCACAGCCAAGCCAUUCGAGCCAGUGCUCAACGUGGCCGACAAUGUAAAGUUGAAGUUCCCUCCACCAGCAGUGCCCCAUCGAACUGAGGCCGAGCGUCGCGAGCAGGAGCAGAAGGAGAAGGCUGCCGAGGAGGAGCGCAGACGACUGGCCGCCAACGUCAACCAGUCGACAUCGCCCGUGCCUGCCAUCUCGCCGCCACCUAAGUCGCCAGAGCCCGAGCCCAUCGUCUCACCCAAGAAGAUCGAGAAGCAGAAGAGUCUGCUCGCAUCGGGCAUGGAGAAGCUGGCCAAGAAGCGCGAGGAUGAUAAGGCCAAGGAGGAGCUGACAGCUGUGUCCUACUUCUCUUCAGGCCACCAGAAGGAGAUCGACGCAGUCGUCGAGAUCACCUUCACUCACGCCCUCCCAGUCGUCUGCGCCGAGUCUGGCGCGCUUUACUGGGUGCCAGAGAUCACUCCAGCCAACGCUGGGCACAACGCCGAGAACCCAUCGCAGGGCUGGAAGUACGUGGCCGAGGAGAACAAGCUGGUGUACACGCCCGUUCAGCCAUGGGCACGCAGCACCAAGUACACCGUCAAGAUCCCCUCAGUCGCCAAGCUGACCAACGGUCAGACCGUCUCCUUGAAGGAGGCCACCUACGAGUUCUCCACCGUCACUCUCGACAUUGCCGCCACACUCGAGCGCUCAUCCACCACUGUGCGCUACCCAACCGUGCAGACCAUCUUCAUCGCCUUCACGCAGCCCAUUACCCCAGCCGACGUGUUGUCGCACGUCAAGAUUGCUGGACUUGCCGACUCUCACGAUCCCAACACCUUGCAACUUGUCAGUGAGGAGGCCAUGAAGGAGGACCCAUCGCUCAACGCACUUGUCACUGCUCACGAGGGCAAGUGUGUUGGAAUCAAGCCACUGUUUGGUCUGCAGGCCAACCACGAGAUCACCGUCACUCUCGUCCCAGGCAUCUCCUCCACUGAGGGUCCACUCAAGACCAUCGUUCCCUUCACCUUCCAGUUCAACACCGUCAUGCUCUUCAAGUCCAACGUUGAGUUUGUCAACAAUGCCGUCAAGGUUUCCUUCGGUGGUCAGCUCGAUAGCAAGGCCCCAAUCACUUGGCGACCAACCAUUACUCCAGCACCACCCGCUGGUGAGUGGGAGAUGGACGCAAGCUCCAUGACCUACAGGACAACUCUGCCAUGGGCAUGCAGCACAACCUACGUUGUCACGUGCGAGAAUGGACCAAGCGACAUGUACGGACAGCCAUUGGAGAAGCAGAACUUGACGUUCAGCACACCUCUGAUCGAUGCCCAGGUCACCGUCUGGGGCACCUACGUCCCAACCAUUCCCGUUCCACCAGUUGUCCCUGCUGCAGAGGGCAGCCCUGCCGUCGUGUUGCCAAUUAGACACGUUGACCCACUGCCAACUCUCUACCACCACAACGCCGUCAUCUUUGUCAAGUUCAACCAGAUCGUCAACACUGAGCACUUUGCAAAGGAGAACAUCAGCGCCAAGACCACCGCCAAGCUCUUGGCCAAGAACAUCGAUCUUGUCCUGCUGACCCAGGAGGAGCUCAACAAUCGCCGGACCACACUUCAGCCAUUCCCAGACUUUGUGCUCGACCCAACUCAGGAGGGCAAGUGGGUGGCCGUCGGCGCACCCAAGGGCUUCCCAGAGGAGCAGAAGAUCAGAGUGGAGUUGCACAGCGAGAUACAGUCACGUGAGGGUCCAAACAAGACCACCCUGUCUCUCAAGACUGGCUUCGACACAGUGCCAUCAUUCGACGUCUCUGUCAAGUUUGGCCAGCUGAACGACAUCUUUGUCGUCGACUUCACCCAGGCCAUCCUCGAGAGCGUCGUCCAGUACAACGCUCCAGAGACAGUCCGCGUCACCCCAAUCAUCACACCACCAAUUGCUGAUGGCCAGUGGGUUGCUCGCAGCGCCACUUCGCUGUCUUUCACCAGCGUCACCCCACUGCCCCUCUCGACUCAGUUCAAGUUGGAGGUACCAACUACCAUCAAGUCGCUCAGUGGACGCUCGCUCGAGAAGCCACACAUCUCCCAUCACACUACAGAGCGACAGAGCAUUGUGCGCGUGUCUCCCAACUCGGGCGCCACCGUGCACGUCGAUCAGGUGUUCUACGCACUGUUCACUCAGGAGGUCGAUGUUGACAGCACAGUAUCUGCGAUCAAGAUCGCCACCGACGAGAAGCUCAAGCUGUUCAAGCACAAGAUUGAGGUCGAGGCAGUUCCCAUCGAUGCCAACCUCAACCUGCUCGACAUCUUCCCUUCCGCCGAUCCCACUGCCCCAGUGCCCGCCCACAACAAGGUCGUUGCCUUCCGUGUUCCCAAGUUCCUUCCACACAGCACCACUGUUAAGUUGGUCUUGUCUGCAGGUAUUGUGUCCAAGGCAGGAUCAUUGCCAACUGUCCAUGAGCUUGGACCUUACACCUUCCAUGUGGAGGACAGAUUCCAGAUUAUGGUUAAGUCGAUGGUGUCAUAUGAGCUCGAUUCAAUGUUGCCCAUCUCGAUUCCAUUCAACAGAUCACUCAGGACCAAGGUUCCAGUGCCCGUGAUCACCUCGCCAAAGAAGCAGGGACGUUCAGUCUCUGUGGAGUCCAAGGCCAAAUCCGAGGCUACAAGCAGCAAGUCUGAGAAGGGCAAGGCUUCCGAGAAGAAGGGUACCACCGAGUCCAAGGCACCAACUGCUGAGGAGCCAAAGCCAACCACUACCGAGGCUGCCGCUACCCCCUCUGACAAGCCCGCCGCUGAAACUGUCUCUGACAAGCCAGCUACCGAGUCAGACAAGCCAGCCGCUGCUCCAGCUGCUGAGCCAGAGAAGCCCGCAGCUGAGCCAGAGAAGGCUGCUGCAGAGCCAGAAAAGGCUGUCGCAGAGCCAGAGAAGGUUGCAGAGCCAGAGAGGCCUCAGGCUGAGCCCACAACCACCACGACCACUACCACAACCACCUCCACUCAGGCACCCACUGCUGGUGAGCAACCAUCAUCCACUUCUAACGAAGCUUCAACUAGCGCAGUGCCACAGGAGGCACCUCCUGCUGUUAAGCCAGCUGAGGAGUUGGUUGACAUUGAUUGGUCCACAUUGGCAACUAUCCAGCCAGCAGUCGCUGGUCGCUGGAGCUACAUCUCGAGCGGAGGCGCACACAGCCUAAUCUUUGAGCCCACUAACGUGUGGACCAAGAGUCAGGUGUACACUGUCACAGUCGACAAGCACAUCCAGUCCUCGUUCUCAGAGACCCUGGAGAAGGACUUUGUCGCCAAGUUCACCACCCCAUCGAUCCGUGUGGUUGAGCAGUAUCCCAAGGAGUCGGUCACCGUGUCAAUCGAUCGCGCAAAGUUCAUCUGUCUCACAUUCACUCAGGACGUCAACGCGCAACAGGUUGCCAAGGUCAUUGAGUUGGAAGUGUUUGACGCCAAUCACAAGCGUGUGAAGAAGACUUCAGCAUCGUUGGCCUCGGAUGAGGACAAGGCUGCCAUCACUGACAAGACCUUGAAGGCUUUGUUGGAGGGCUCAGAGAGACGUCACGUGCUCAUCAAGAACCCAGUCGUCAGUGCCAACACUGUCGUCCAUGUCACAGUGGGACCGGCCAUACCAUCGGCUGAGGGUCCCGCCAACAGUGGAGACUACCAACACAAGACCAGCUUCAAUGUCAGCGACAACCUCAGGAUCCAAUCAUUGCGACUCACCCCAGACAACUAUGUUGAGAUCGUGUUGAACCAGCACUUGAAGAUGGACUUCCCAUCUGCAGAGCCAGCAUCACCAACCCCAGCACCAGCACCAGCCCCAAUUGAUGACAGCAACAACAACAACAACAGUGAGGCUGCAACAUCGUCGACAACCACGACCACGACCACAACCACGACCACCACCACUACCGCAUCGGCAGGAUCACCAGCCAGCACUUCAGCUGCUCCAAUCGUUCCAACAGCUGCACCCUUACCCGAGGGUCUGCCAUUGCCAGUUGGUUGGUGCCCAAUCAUAUUGCCAGAGCCACACACUAGCACAAAGUGGAUUGUAUUCCGCCACAAGAACCAUGAUGUCAUUCAUGGUGUGCCUGAGGGCAGGUUCCCAGCCUCGACCAACUACACGGUCAACAUGUCCGAGCACAUGGAGUCAAUCUACAACGAGUUGUACAUUCGUCGCGACAUUGAUGUCAACACAUUCUCCACUGCCUCUAUCGAGUUGGUCGACUCCAUCCCAAAGAACGCCACUCAGACUGUUCUGAUCUCGCGUCCAAUCCUCAUUCUGUUCAACCAAAAGGUGGACAAGGCAUCAGUUCUCAAGCACAUGUCGGUCACAAUCAGCAACAGGAAGCAGAAGAAGAAGAAGGUUCAGUUCGAGUUGUCCGAGGACUACUCGGCCAUCGAGGGCCAUGCCGACACCAACAAGGAUCACUGGGUGUCGAUCCAGCCAACUGGCGGCGCCAAGUUGUUGACCGAGACCACUUACCAUGUGUCUUUGAAGGAGGGCAUUAACUCCCGCGAGGGUGUCGUCGAGUCCAGCAAGGAGUUCGAUUUCACAUUCGAGACCAACACGACCAAGGUCGACGUGCGCGUUGUGGACAGCUUCCCUACCAUCACCUUCUCGCAUCCAGUGUUCAGCAUGGGCGAGAUCCCCGACAUCACCGUCAAGCCAGACCCCGGCAUGCCCAUUCGCUGGGUGGUCGUCACUCCCAGCAGCGUGCGUUGCGAGGAGAACUUCCAGAUCUGGAAGCGCGCAACCGAGUACACUUUCACCCUACCAGAGAACCUCGCGUCAAAGGACCGCGGCUUCCUUCUCGAGGCCAACCAGCUCAAGAUCUCCACUCCAGUCAACUACGUGCUGAACAUGAGCCCUGCUCCACAUCGUCCAGCCGGCGUCUACUGGGUGCGCUUCUUCCAGCGUAUCGACCCAGCUCGCCAGAUCGAGUACCUCAAGCUUUCAUCCAACAAGGGUAUCUUCAAGAUGAAGCACAGCUACAAGGUGCGUCUGGCCACCGAGGCCGAGAUCGCCGAGGAGAUCAAGCAGUCGCCUGGCCCCUCCAUCGCCCUGGCCGGCCAUCUCCGCGAUAACCCCGAGAACAUGAUGGUGUUUGUGCCAGUCUCACCUCUGGGCAAAGAGGAGGUCUCCAUGGAGAUCACCAAGAUCACCUCCGAGGAGGGUCCACUCGUCAGCGACUCGCCCUACACCAACAAGUUCCACUGCGUGCAGCCAUUUGCUCUGAACGACGCCCCCAAGAAGGUCGUCGAUCUUCACACUGAGGACAUUGGCUACUACUUCAACAAUCGCCUGAACACCGCCAUUGACACCGAUCACAUCACGAUCGAGCCUGCUCCCUCCACCGACUACCAGAUCAGCGUCAGUGGACGCAGCCUGUCCAUCAAGAAGCUGUUCCCACCCGGAUUCAGGAACGUCGAUCAGAUAUUCAAGGUCACGCUGUCCAAGGACAUCAUGGACUGCUAUGGCCAGCGUCUUGGUCAGGACAUUGAGACCACCUACCGCGCAAUUCCCGCGCCUUUCAACUACGACCUGUCUCUUGGCUGGACCUACGCCCAGCUCGACCAGACCGUGAUCACUGUGGACCCAGCCCAGCAGACACCCUCAGUCUGCAUUCGCACAUUGAACCUGCGCCAAGUCCGCGUGCAGUUGUACCGCCUCAACGCACACACCGACUUCCACUACUUCCAGCAGGAGAAGCUGCCUCUUGCACCACCCGCUGAGGACUUCAAGCUCAAGUGCGGCGAGCUCGUCUACAACCACGUGUUGGACAUUGCCGACAUUGAGAAGGACAAGGUCAUCGAGAGUUACAUUGACAUCACCGCCGCGUUGGACGCUGAGACCCACGUCGGCCAGGUUGGAUUCGUCGUUCUCCCAACUGCCGAGUCCAUCUAUCCAAACAAGCCAACUAGCCGCUUUGGUGUCAAGACCUGGGUGCAGAGCACACACCUGGGCGUUGGAGCCAUCUGUGAUCAGAACCACAUCACAGCCUGGACCAACAAUGUGUCUGACGGCAGCAUGCUUGCAGGCGUCAAGGUCACCUCCGUGUCCACCGUCAACGUCACCCAUCAGUCUCGCACUCUUGGUCGCAAGGACAAGGCUGGCGACAACACCAUGCAUCGCGCCGUAGGCACCUUUGUCGAGGGCACCACCAACGAGGAGGGUAUUGCUCAUAUGCCCACUCAAACCAACUACGCCCAGAUGUACCUGAUUGCUGAGCGCGGCAUCGACUGCUGCAUUCUCCCACAGGUGUUUGUCAAGACCAACAAGGUGUACCGCAGUCUGUCAUGGCACGUCUUUGACGAUCAGUCACUGUACCGUCCAAAGGGCACAGUGCAGGUCAAGGGUUACCUCCGUCUGCUGAACCGUGAGUCCACCGACCACAAGGUCGCCGUGCACACUCUGGCACCCGUCCAGCUCAAGUGGGUUUUGGAGGACGCCGUCAAGAACCACGUGGCCAAGGGUGACACCAAGCUCAAUGCAUUUGGACAGUUCAACUUUGGCAUCAAGCUCACCGACUCGAUCAACCUUGGCAAGACCUGUCUGACAUUCACCGUGGACGACUCUGAGAAGGAGCUGGUCACCCUCGCCACUGGCACAAGCAAGCCAGCCAAGUUCAAGGCUUCCGAAGUCGAGCUGCGCCAGUUCAAGCACUCGUUCGACGUGCAGGAGUUCAAGCGUCCAGAGUUCCUGGCCACCUCUGAGCUUCUGUCCAACGAGACUGAUCGUUUCAGCGGUUUCACCAUCGUCCAGGCCAAGUCAUCGUACUUUGAGGGCGCUGCUCUGUCCGAUACCGAGACCAGCUGGAACGUCAGCUCGUCCGUCGGCACUUAUCGCCCACCCGGCGAGUCACUCAUCAAGUAUGAGUUUGGCGUGCCCACCGAGCUGAAGAACACUGAUGGCUCCAAGCGCAGCAAGACACUCAAGGGUCGCACUGCCGAGGACGGCACACACGCUGUCAAGAUCGCAUUUUCACGGUGUCGUUCCCCAGCCACCAUCGCCAGUAUCAUCAACUCCACCGCCAGAGUCAUCCUCCACCCAUCAAACUACUAUGUUGGCGCGUACUUCCCAGUCGCCGCUGGUGGCAAGCCAAUCACCAUCACCGACUCGUCAGUCACUGAGCCCCUUCUCAUUGACUUUGUCGUCGUGGACAUCAAUGGCAACCUGUUGGCCGACGUACCUUUGAACAUCGCAGUCGAGUCCACUGCUGGCCUCAACACCUCUGAGACUGCCUACAAGCUGGUUGAGACCCUGAGCUCAUUGGCUCAGCCACUCAAGCAUCAGCUUAAGGUGAAGCAACCAGAGCUCAAGCCUGAGCUCGAGUCUGUGAGCUACAAACUCACCGUCUCUGUGUUUGAUACUGAUAGCAAGGAGAGUGUCACAAUCAUUCCAUUCAGCGUUGCAUGGAAGUUGGCCAAGUUUGUUGUUUCCGAGGCAACAACAACCAGUACCACCUCUACCACCGCCGAGUGCAGCCACGCCAAGACCAGCCCACCAACCACCAAGCAACCAGUGAUCACCAACACCAACGGUGAGCCAUUGCUCAACUUUGCCAAGCUUACCAAGCAUGAGCACAUGUUCUCCUUUGACAAGGAGCUGUACCAGAUUGGUCAGGACGCUGUGAUCACCUUCGACCCACCCUUCCCAGGCGCCUUCUCAGCCGUGCUCACUGUCCUCAACAACGGUGUCAUUGCAAGCAAGUCAUUCCACAGCGAUGGCAACACAAACAGCCGUCCACAGACCACACUCAAGAUGCUUGAGGAAUGGGGCCCAUGCUGCACAGUGCAGUGCGACCUCUGGUACGCCGACCGUCUGGACCGCUUCCAUGACAAGCACGACACCAACAUUGAGAUGUCCACCAAGAAGUUGAGCGUCACCAUCACACCAGAGGAGGAGGAUGUCGAGCCAGGCAGCACCACCAACAUUGAUAUCGUGGUGCGCGACCAUACUGGUACGCCAGUCAGUGGCGCCGAGGUGUGUCUGCUCGUCGUUGAUGAGUCGAUCCUCUCGUUGACCAAGUACUCCAUCCCCGACCCACUCAAGACCUUCUACCCAACCAAGGGCAACCCAUACCCACAGUCCACUCCAUUCCACGGAGUAAGCUCAACAAGCGUGAUCCUCCAGCCCAAUGCCAAGACACCACUCAAGGCCAAGAUUGUCGCCCCUCCCGCAGCUCAACCAGUUGCCCCUGAGACCACCACUACUACUACCACGACCACCACAACCACCACAACUUCCACAGAUGGAAGUGAACCAUCCAGCUCAACAGCUACCAAGAAGAAGCCAGAGAUCGUGGUUGAGGACGACGAGCCAGUACUGGCUGAGACGACCCUCGAUUCAAGCCUGCCAGCACCAGGAUCUGCUUCAACCCCAGCAUCAUCGCCAUCAUGGAACGCGCCAUCCAACUCUUCAAGCUCUCAAUCACCCGUGAUGUUUGAUAUCUUGGACACAGCCGGCUGUGAGGAGUUCAGCGCCAUGCGAUCAUUGUACAACAAGACCUCCAAUGCCUUUAUGAUCGUCUACUCGAUCAUCUCGCGUGUCUCAUUCAACGACGCCAUCACAUUCUACGAGCAAUUGCUGCGCGAUCGCGACGUUGAGAAGGCACCAUGCGUGCUGGUUGGCAACAAGAACGACUUGGAGGAUCAGCGUGUCGUGACCACAGCCGAGGGCCAAGAGUUGGCCGACAAGUACGGCAUGACCUUCUUCGAGACAUCUGCCAAGAACAGAGUCAAUGUGGACGUUGCCUUCACAACAUGUGGCAAGAUCGCCCUGCGCUCUGGCACCGUGACCAACAAGGACAUCAAGCUGGCCGUGCUUGGCUCUGGCGGCGUGGGCAAGUCUGCUCUCACUGUCCAAUUCAACCAGGGAGUAUUUGUUGAGGCUUACGAUCCAACCAUCGAGGACUCAUACCGCAAGCAGGUGAUGAUCGACGACGAUGAUGUCUACGCCUCGAGCAGCUACCCCAAGUCAAUGGCAAAGAAGAAGGGAGGCAUGUCAUUUGGCUUUGGCACACUCAGAUCACCCAAGCCCAAGAAGAGUGUCUCACCUCCACCACGCUCGGUGAACACCCGUUCGCGAUCCAAGACCGAGGAGGCACCAAGACAGAUGCUCCAAUCAGCCGGUCUCUCGCAUGCCGCUCCCUCGCCAUCAUCUGAGAGUCUGCUCAGCGCCAUCUCUGGCGGUGCCGCACUCAGCGACAAGAAGGACAGACGUGACAAGGAGUCUGAGGAGAAGGCCAAGGUAGCCGACGAUGACUGGUCCGACAACCAGGACGAGGCCAACCACGCCGACGCCACAGAGGAGGAGUCCGAGGAAGAGGAGGAGUUGGACAUGAUCGCCUUGAUGCGUGUCAACUUUGACGCUCUGGCUAACUUCACGCCAUCGGUUGUCACCAACGAGCAUGGAGUCGUCAAGAUCCCAGUGACAUUGCCAGACAACCUGACACGUUACCGUAUCUGGGGUGUUGUCAACAACGCCGAGCAGAAGUUUGGCCAGGCCGAGUCGUUGGUCAACGCCAAGAUUCUGUUGUCAACUCGUUGCGUGCCACCCCGCUUCCUGAGCCUGAACGACACUUGCGAGAUCAGUGUCGUCAUCAACAACACAUCGAACAGCGAUAGGAUCGUCAAACUUGGUGUGCGCGUGUCCGAUCAUCUCCAGAUCGAGCUCGCCGGCAACAGCCCCACCAACGUCUACGGACAGUUCGCUCUGGUGCCCAAGCGCCGCAGAAGAGCUUUCACAUUCAAGGUCAGGACCGUCAAUGUGGGCCACUCGACCAUCCAACUGAGUUGUGUCAGCGGCAAGUAUGGUGAUGCCAUGGAGGUCGCCAUCCCCGUGAACCUGCCACCCACCACCAAGACCGCUUCCGUCUACGGCACAAUCGACGCCAGCGAGCCAAUGGCCAUCCAGGAGAUCAAGUUGCCCGAGGACUCGCUGCCCUCGUAUGGUAGCUUCGAGCUCGACGUUAGCUCCACCAUGCUCCAGCAUCUGAGCGACGCCGCUCUCGCACUCUACGAGUUCCCCUAUGAGAGGACUGAGAACUUGGCCUCUAUCGCCAUCGGUAUGGUCUCACUGUACAAGAUCCUGGGCGACCAAAAGCUCAAUCAGCUGCCCAAGAGCAAGGAGCUCAAGAAGCGUGUUGCGACCAUCGCCUCCCAGCUGGUCAAUCGCCAGACUGACGACGGCGACUUCUACACAUGGGGCUCACGAUUCUUUGGCAGGGGCGACUUUGAGUCAGUCCAUGCCGUUCACGCCAUUGCAUUGUUGAACGAGAAUGGCUACAGCGUGCCCAACCCAGUCACCAACAGGUGCACAGCCUUCUGCCAGAACUACAUUGAGGCUCACCUGAUGUCCAACAACGAGUUGGAGCUGGCCACGACCGCCUACGCCCUGUAUGUGCUGUACCAACUGCACUCUGUCAAGAAGAACAAGUUCAAGGUGGCCGAGCUGGCCGUGCGCUUCUACCAAUCGCACUCAUUCUCUGUGUUCAACCUGGAGAGCUUGGCCUGGAUCCUCGGCACACUCGCCGACAGCCAGUUCCAGAAGAAGCGCGAUGAGAUCGUCGCCUACAUCGUCAAGAACGCCAUCGAGGAAGGCAACUCAUACACCUUUGUCAACUACUAUGACAAGCUGAUCCGCACCCAGCUCUUCCACGACCCAGUGCGUACAUGCGCCGUGAUCCUGCGCUCGAUGGUCAACUCCAAGUGCAACCACGACAUCGUGCCCAAGAUCCUGCUGGGCCUGCUCGACCGCAAGGUCAACGGUGUCUGGACCAACAUCCAGUCCAACUGUUGGGUGAUCACUGCCAUUGCUGACUACUCAGCCGUCUACGAGAAGGCCGUUCCCAAGUCUGUUGCCCGCGCCUGGUUGAUCAAGAACGCCAACGAUGCCGCCAAGCUCACCGGAGUGUACUGCGGCCAGACACCAACGUUUGAGGGCAGAUCGACCAUCUCCUACUCAAUGGAGAUCCCCGUCGCCACCCUGUUCACCAAGAAGGAGAUUGAUUACAAGCUGCCAGCACACGUUGUCGUCGAUGGCAAGCAAACUGUCAAGGGCAGAUCCAAGACCAGAGAGGAUGUCAAGACCUUGGGCAAGGGCAAGGGUGCUGCAGUACUGAGCGCCAUGCAAGAGGAGUCCGCUGCCUCAUCAUCCACCACUGCUACUCCACCUGCAACACCAACAACACCAGCCCAACCAACUCCAACCGCCACCGCCACAGAGACUACACCAUCUACCGCUACCACCACCACCGCGACCGAGCCAUCAACUGCCACUACCACCUCCACAUCUGAAGUCCCAGCUCAAUCACCCGAGAUAACAGCUGAGCCAAUCACACCAACUACCACCACCACUACAACUACCACCACCUCCACUACUGACAGCGCACCAACUACUACAGCCACCGCCCUAGCUACCACUGCCCCAACCACCGCCGCUGACACCACCGCCACUACCACCACCGCGACUUCAUCCAACAUCACACCCGAGUCUGAGAUCUGGAUCCAGAAGGAGGGCAAGGGAAGACUGUACUACAGGUUCAACAUCAAGUACUCACCAAGCGACUUGAAGCUGGCACCAGAGUACAAUGGAUUCGAAGUGACAAGAUCUUUCGAGCCAAGAACCGCCGACGACAAGGUAGAGUUUGACUGCUUGGCCGGUACACUCAAGAUGCGUGUUGGCUCCCAAGCCAUCGUCACACUCAAGGUGACCACCGAGCACACCAGAUACAACACUGCCCUCAUCGACAAGUUGGCCGGAGCCUACCAAUCAAUCGAUCACAACGAUGUCAAGACAACUGACCUGUGGCAAUUCUUCAACUUUAGAGACGAGCGCACUGAAGUGUUCUCAUCGAUCAUGGAGGCUGGCACGUAUGAGUUCAAGUACACUGUCAGAGCUACAUCAAGAGGAGAGUACCUUGUGCCACCAGCAAGCAUUGAAGAGGUCUACGAACCAGAGAUCAGCGCAAGAUCAGACUCAUUGAGACUUAUUGUCGAAUAA